GCCGGAAGCUUCAGCCACCGCCGCCGUCGUCCUCUCCCCGUCCCCGCCCGCCGGGUACCGUCGGAGGUUGACAGGUCGUGGCGGGGAGGCGGCGGCGGCGGGGGCAGAGCCGGGCGCCCAGGACGGAGAACCCAUGGGGAACGCUCCGAGUCACAGCAGUGAAGACGAAGCGGCAGCCGCUGGUGGCGAGUGCUGGGGCCCGCACCAGGACUGGACUGCGGACUCGGGAACGACCCCCGGCCCGGGCCAGGCGGCCGCGGCGCUGCCGCCCGCCGCGGCGCUUCUGGAGCCGGCCCGGCUGCGAGAGGCAGCGGCUGCGUUGCGGCCCGCGCCGCCCUGCGAGUCUCUGGUGUCCAGGCACCACGGAGCGCUCUUGCGCUGGCUGGAAGAGCGGCUGGGCCGCGGCGAAGAAUCCGUCACCCUGGAGCAGUUCCGGGAGCUGCUGGAGGCUCGCGGCGCUGGCUGCUCCGGCGAGCAGUUCGAGGAGGCCUUUGCCCAGUUUGAUGCUGAGGGUGAUGGUACAGUUGAUGCUGAGAACAUGUUGGAAGCCCUCAAGAAUUCCAGUGGAGCUAAUCUGCAGGGGGAGCUGAGCCACAUCAUCAGACAACUGCAAGCCUGUUCUCUUGUUCCGGGUUUCAUAGAUAUAUUUUCAGAGUCCAAGGAGGGCCUGGGUACUCACUCGUCAAUGAUCCUGCGCUUCCUGCAUCGCAAUCGGCUCUCUAGCACAGCCAUCCCUUACCCCCUGCUGGACCACUGCAACAACAUGUGCACCAUGAGGGCUUCUGUUCUGAAGGAGUCUCUGGAUCAAAUGAUACAGAAAGAAAAGGAAAGCCCUGGAGAUCUAACCAGAAGCCCAGAGAUGGAUAAAUUCCAGUCAGUAGCAAAGUGCUAUGCUUAUAUAGAAACUUCCUCCAACCCUGCAGACAUUGACAAGAUGACCAAUGGAGAAGCAUCAUCCUACUGGCAGUCAGAUGGCAGCGCCCGCUCACACUGGAUCCGUUUAAAAAUGAAGCCAGACGUUGUGCUUAGGCACCUGUCCAUUGCAGUGGCUGCUGCUGACCAGAGCUACAUGCCACAGCAGGUGACCGUAGCUGUAGGGAGGACUGCCAGCGAUCUUCAGGAAGUCCGCGAUGUGCACAUUCCCAGCAAUGUGACUGGCUACGUGACACUGCUGGAAAAUGCCAACAUCAGUCAGCUCUAUGUCCAGAUUAACAUAAAGCGUUGUCUUAGCGAUGGAUGUGACACUAGAAUUCAUGGUCUGAGGGCUGUUGGCUUUCAGAGAAUUAAGAAGUCUGGGGUCUCAGUCUCAGAUGCCUCUGCAAUAUGGUAUUGGUCUCUGCUGACAUCUCUGGUGACAGCUUCCAUGGAGACAAAUCCCGCCUUUGUCCAGACAGUGCUACACAAUACACAGAAGGCCCUGCGGCACAUGCCCCCACUCUCCCUCUCACCAGGAUCUACUGAUUUCUCAACUUUCCUGUCCCCUAAUGUUCUGGAAGAAGUGGACAGCUUCCUCUUAAGGAUAACUAGCUGCUGUUCCACUCCAGAGGUGGAGCUGACUCUUCUGGCUUUUGCGCUAGCGAGAGGAAGUGUUGCCAAAGUGCUGAGCUCUCUGUGUACCGUCACUGACCACCUGGACACACUCUAUGAUGCCUCAUCCCUCAUCUCAUCCAUGGCCUCAGUCAGGCAGAACCUUCUCCUUAGAUAUGGUAAACCUCUCCAGUUGACUCUUCAGGCCUGUGAUGUCAAAGGAAAAGAAGAGAAGUCAGGACCUGAAAACCUCCUUGUUGAACCAUGGACAAGGGAUGGUUUUCUUACAGAGACUGGAAAAACCAGAGCAAGUACAAUUUUUUCUACAGGAACUGAAUCUGCCUUCCAAGUUACACUGAUCCGGAUUAUGGUUCGGCGUGGUGGUAUUGGUGCCCAGUGUGGGCUGGUGUUUGCCUAUAACUCAUCUUCUGAUAAAUUUAAUGCAGAAGAACACUUCAAAAGGUUUGAAAAAUAUGACAAAUGGAAGCUUCAGGAAUUCAGACAAUUUGUAAAAAGCAGGAGGAUUGGUCGUUCAUCUGAUGACCUGGGAGAGGAUGAUCCUAUUGGCUGGUUUGAGCUGGAAGAAGAGUGGGAUGAAGCAGAUGUCAAAUUGCAACAGUGCAGAGUUGCCAAAUAUUUGAUGGUGAAGUUCCUCUGCCCCCGUCAGGAGUCAGCAGAGCGCUUGGGAGUUCAAGGCUUGAGCAUCAGUGGGUACCUCCGACCUGCGAGAGCAGAAGCGCAACAACAGAGCAUCGUCUGUGCUCACUGCAGAAAGGACACGGAGGAGAGUGUCUGCGGGGCCGCACUGCUCCUCAGGACCCUGCAGUUCAUUCAGCAGCUCGCCCAUGACCUGGUACAGCAGAAGGAAAGUGGCUUGAAAUAUAGAUCUUUUCUGGACUUUGCUGGUCUUGAUCUGGAGAUCUUCUGGAAUUUUUACAAUAAAUUAAAGCAAAACCCAAGGGAAGAAUGCAUCUGCGCCCAGACCCUGCUUCUACAGCUCCUGCAAAGCUGCUUCUGGGUGCUGCGGGGAGACACACCAGCUGCCCCCAAGGAGUCAAAGGCUCUAAGACAGAGCCCUAGAGGGGUGGAGGCUGCCAAGGAGCUCUACACACACUUAUGUGAUGUGGUGGAUAGGGUGGAUGGAAACUCUGUGCCUGUGGAAAUAUUAAAACAAGAAGUCAGGAAUACUCUUCUUAAUGGGGCUGCCAUCUUCUUUCCUGAUCGACAGACCCGGAGGAACCAGCUCUUCACCAUGAUGAAUGUCACCGAGCAGGAACACAAGCAGUCCCUGCAGCUCACUUUCCGCUCACUGUGCACAUAUUUUAGUGAUAAGGAUCCAGGCGGCCUCCUGCUGUUACCUGAGAAAGGCGAGCUGGCCGACAUGAACAUCAGCGAAGUACUUGGAGUCAUGAGCACUCUCGUCACCGUUGCUGCUCGAGAGUGUGAGCUGUUGAUGCUCAAUGGGGCCCAAGGGGAGGUUGGCUCUGUGCUCUUCUCCCUGUUCUGGUCCGUCCAAGGCAGCCUGCUUUCCUGGUGCUACCUGCAGCUGAAGAGCAUGGACUCUGCAGCCAAAGAUCUUGCCGUUGACCUUAUUGAAAAAUAUGUGGGACAGUUUCUGGCCAGCAUGAGAGUGAUUUUGGAAUCCCUUUUGUCUCAGUAUAGUGGAAAAACCAUAGUAGAAAAAUUAUGUAAUUCAGUGUUUUCCAUGGCAGCUCGUCAACUGGUAGUCUUCCUACUGGACUUCUGCGCGUUAGACAUUUCCCACUGCACACUCCUAAGAGAGUUCAGUGCCCUCACAGAGCUUCUCAAGAAGCUCUGCAGCGAUCCCGAGGGAGGACUGAAUAAGAUGGACGUUGAGACUUGGCAACAGGAACGUCCUGUGGUGUUACAUACAUGGACUAAGGAGUCUGCCCACAACUAUGAAAACAACUGCCAUGAGGUGUCUGUCUUUGUUAGCCCAGGGGCAACAUAUUUUGAGGUGGAAUUUGAUGAGCGGUGUGAAACUGAAAAAAGGUAUGAUUAUCUGGAAUUUACUGAUGCUAGAGGUGGAAAAACGCGCUAUGACACAAAAGUUGGCACUGACAAAUGGCCCAAGAAAGUGACCUUUAAGGCUGGUCCUCGGCUGCAGUUUCUCUUUCACUCUGACAGCAGUAACAACGAGUGGGGCUACAAGUUCACUGUCACUGCCUAUGGCCUGCCUGAUGUGGCUGUGUCUUGGGGGUUGGAUUUGCAGCUCCUUGUUUCCCGACUGAUGGGACGCCUUGCUUCCCAGUGCAUGGCGCUCAAGUCUGUGCACCGUAAGUCCACGUGCCCGUCCCUUUCCUUCUUACUACAGCCGUGUCAUCAAAUGUGCCCAGAGUUGGGAGAAGAAGCAAGCUGGCCCACUCACCCACACCAGGAUAGUAAAGAGGUUAAGAACAUCCCUGAUGAUCCUUGCCACCAUUUUCUUCUUGAUUUUGCACAGUCAGAUCCUGCCCAGAACUUCUGUGGGCCAUAUUCAGAACUUAUCAAAGGAUUCAUACAGGCAUGUAGAAAACAGGCCCCAAAGACAGAUAUAGUUGCUGGUUCCACUAUUGAUCAAGCUGUGAACGCCACCUUUGCUGCUCUGGUGUAUCGCACUCCAGAUUUAUAUGAGAAGCUGCAAAAAUAUGUAAACAGUGGGGGCAAGGUAGCCCUGAGCGAGGAGUUUGCACAGGUGUAUUCCCUGGCAGAUGGGAUUCGAAUAUGGAUGUUAGAGGUGAAGCAGAAGUCCCUGAUGAGCCUGGGGAACGAGGCCGAAGACAAGCGCGGGUCAGAGGCUGCUGAGGCCAACCCUGAGAGCCUGGCAAAAGAGUGUAUUCAGAAGAGUCUUCUCUUACUAAAAUUCUUGCCCGUGGGUGUAAGUUUGAAAGGAAGCUGUGACAGGUUGGUGACUGGAGCUGAGACUGAUCAUCUGCAACCCCUUGACAAGCGCCAGAGGACGAGCUCCGUGGUGGAAGAGUAUUUCCAAGCCUCAGCAUCUCCCACUGACGCAGCUCUUCCUGCUGUGGGAGACAGGAGUCCCAGCUCGGACGUCCAGCCAAAGCUGCCGCCCAGCGGUGGCCCUGCUGCCUCAGAAAUGCCCUCUGCUACAGCCGAAGAGCCCUCGUCCCCUUGCACUCCCACCCGGCGGCCUCCCUUCACCCGAGGGCGACUCCGGCUGCUCUCCUUCCGAUCAAUGGAGGAAGCUAGGCCAAUUCCCACGGUGAAAGAGAAAUACCCUGUACUGAAGGACGUCCUGGACUUCAUCAAAGAUCAGUCACUCUCCCAUGAGAGUGUUAUAAAGGUUCUUUCCUUGAGGAAAGCCCAAGCCCAGAGCAUCCUCGAAGUCCUGAGGAUAAUUCAGUAUUGUGCAGAAUCCCUCGGGCAGCCCCAUUGCUUCCAUCCACCUUAUAUACUUUUCCUGUUGGAACUUCUGACCUGCCAGAAAGAGUUUACCAAUUAUUUCGGACACUUGGAGGGCUGUGGUGCAGAUCUACACAAAGAAAUUCGAGAUACUUACUAUCAAUUUGUUCUGUUUUUGGUCAAAGCAAUUAAAGGAUAUAAUAGCAUAAAUGACAGGUCCUUUCUGCCAGCCCUGUCCUGUGUUCAGACAGCCCUGCUCCACCUUUUGGAUAUGGGCUGGGAACCCAGUGACCUUGCCUUCUUUGUCGACAUUCAGUUACCAGACCUCCUCAUGAAAAUGUCGCAAGAAAAUAUAAGUGUCCAUGACAGUGUGAUCAGCCAAUGGAGUGAAGAAGAUGAGCUUGCUGAUGCCAAGCAAAAUUCAGAAUGGAUGGAUGAGUGUCAGGACGGCAUGUUUGAGGCCUGGUAUGAAAAAAUAGCCCAGGAAGAUCCAGAGAAGCAGAGGAAAAUGCACAUGUUUAUUGCUCGCUAUUGUGACCUGUUAAAUGUGGACAUCUCCUGUGAUGGGUGUGAUGAGAUUGCCCCCUGGCACCGCUACCGGUGUCUGCAGUGCAGUGAUAUGGAUCUCUGCAAAACUUGCUUCCUAGGUGGGGUAAAGCCGGAGGGCCACGGAGAUGACCAUGAAAUGGUCAACAUGGAGUUUACCUGUGACCACUGCCAGGGUUUGAUCAUAGGCCGGAGGAUGAAUUGCAAUGUGUGUGAUGACUUUGAUCUUUGCUAUGGAUGUUAUGCGGCAAAGAAAUAUUCCUAUGGCCAUUUGCCUACCCACAGUAUCACAGCCCAUCCGAUGGUGACCAUCCGGAUCAGUGACCGGCAGAGGCUCAUCCAGCCCUACAUCCACAACUACGCCUGGCUGCUCUUUGCUGCCCUGGCUCUCUAUAGCGCCCACCUGGCCAGCGCAGAGGAUGUGGAUGGCGAAAAGCUGGAUGCCCAGGCCUGUGGCAGUGCCAUCACUCUGCGAAGCCAGUGCAUGCAACUUGUGGGGGACUGUCUGAUGCAGGCUCACCAGGGAAAAGGUCUUAAAGCUCUAGCUCUUCUUGGUAUGUUGCCAGAUGGUGACUCUACUUCAGAAAAUCAGGCCCCACCAGUUACUGUACCGACCAGACCAUCAGAGGAGCAGCGAGAGAAGAAAACUGUCCAGGUUGCUGAGGAGCCAGCAGACACCAGCCCUUUUGUGCACUGCAAUGGAAAGAGAGAUGUUCAUAAGGAAGUCAGAACUUUUGAUUGCAAGCAGAGAAAUAAGGCAGCUGAAGGUGUAUCAUUAAUGAAGGAUCCUUUAUGUCAGACUCAGAUUUCAGACUCACCUGCAGAUGCUAGCACACCUACAGGACUUCCAGAUGCUGAGAGUUCAAAAGCAUCAUCUCAGAAGCCCAUUGAGGAAAAAGCAGUUAUUCCAAGCCCUGAGCAAGUGUUUGCUGAGUGCUCCCAAAAGAGGAUUUUGGGAUUACUAGCAGCCAUGCUACCUCCCUUAAUGUCGGAUCCCACAGUUCCCCUGAUAGACCAGGAGCAUGUCCUCCCACUCAUGUUUCAGGUUGUCAUCUCAAACGCAGGCCACCUGAAUGAAACCUACCACCUCACCCUGGGUCUUCUCGGCCAGUUAAUCGUCCGCCUUUUACCAGCAGAGGUAGAUGCUGCAGUGAUCAAGGUCCUCUCAGCCAAACACAACCUGUUUGCGGCAGGGGACAGCUCCGUUGUGCCAGAUGGCUGGAAGACCACCCAUCUGCUCUUUAGCCUGGGAGCUGUGUGUCUGGACAGCCGCGUGGGCCUGGACUGGGCGUGCUCCAUGGCGGAGAUCCUGCGGUCCCUCAAUAGUGCCCCCCUGUGGCGUGAUGUCAUGGCUUCCUUCACAGACCACUGCAUCAAGCAGUUGCCUUUCCAGCUGAAGCACACCAACAUUUUCACCCUACUCGUGCUGGUCGGCUUCCCCCAGGUCCUCUGUGUGGGCACCCGCUGUGUUUAUAUGGAUAAUGCCAACGAACCACAUAAUGUGAUCAUCUUGAAGCACUUCACUGAGAAGAACAGGGCUGUGAUCGUCGAUGUUAAAACCCGGAAAAGGAAAACAGUGAAGGACUACCAGCUGAUCCAGAAAGGAGGAGGGCAGGAAUGCAGUGACUCUCAAGCCCAGCUGAGUCAGUACUCCCAGCACUUUGCCUUUAUUGCCAGUCACCUCCUGAAAACCAGUAUGGACAGCCAGUGUUCUGAGGCAGUGGAAGCAACUUGGGUCCUGUCCCUGGCCCUCAAAGGAUUAUAUAAAACUCUAAAGGCUCAUGGUUUUGAGGAGACCCAUGCUACCUUCCUUCAGACUGAUUUGCUGAAACUGCUGGUGAAAAAGUGCAGCAAAGGGACGGGCUUCAGUAAAACAUGGCUCCUCCGGGACCUGGAAAUUUUGUCAAUCAUGCUGUACUCCUCAAAGAAGGAGAUCAGCGCUUUGGCAGAGCAGGGCGACCUGGAGCUGGAUGAACGAGGGGCUCUGGAGGAGGAGGUGGGACGGCCGGUCCGCAGCCCUAGUGAACCAGAGCAGAGAAAGUCAGACCCUCUUGAAAGCCUGGAUGAGCCCACCAGAAUUUGUUUCUUGAUGGCUCAUGAUGCCCUCAACGCCCCUCUGCACAUUCUUCGGGCCAUAUACGAACUGCAGAUGAAAAGGACCGAUUCUUUCUUCCUGGAGGUUCAGAAGAGGUUUGAUGGAGAUGAGCUCACCACGGAUGAAAGGAUACGGACGCUGGCUCAGAAGUGGCAGCCCAGCAGGAGUCUGAGGUUGGACGAGCAGAGUGCCAAAGCUGUGGAUACAGACAUGAUUAUCUUACCCUGCUUGUCCAGGCCCGCACGCUGCAACCAGGCCACAGCCGAGUCAAACCCUGUGACCCAGAAGUUGAUCUCCAGCACAGAGAGUGAACUGCAGCAGAGCUACGCUAAGCAGCGGCGUAGCAAGAGCGCUGCCCUCCUGCACAAGGAGCUGAACUGCAAGAACAAGAGGGCGGUGCGGGACUACCUUUUCCGAGUGAAUGAGGCCACAGCUGUCCUGUAUGCCCGCCAUGUGCUCGCGUCCCUGCUCGCCGAGUGGCCAGGCCAUGUUCCAGUGAGCGAGGACAUCCUGGAGCUAAGUGGACCUGCCCAUAUGACCUACAUUUUGGAUAUGUUCAUGCAGCUGGAAGAAAAGCAUCAGUGGGAAAAGAUCCUGCAGAAGGUGCUCCAAGGCUGCCAAGAGAACAUGCUGGGGAGCAUGGCCCUGGCUGCCUGCCAGUUCAUGGAGGAGCCAGGAAUGGAGGUGCAAGUGAGGGAAUCGAAACACCCAUAUAACAACAACACCAACUUUGAGGAUAAAGUUCACAUUCCUGGUGCAAUCUACCUCUCCAUCAAAUUUGAUUCUCAAUGCAAUACGGAAGAAGGCUGUGACGAAUUAGCCAUGUCCAGCAGUAGCGACUUUCAGCAGGAUCGACACAAUUUCAGUGGGUCUCAACAGAAAUGGAAAGAUUUUGAGCUUCCAGGAGACACUCUGUAUUACCGCUUCACCUCUGACAUGAGCAACACUGAGUGGGGCUACAGAUUCACUGUCACAGCUGGACACCUGGGGCGAUUCCAGACAGGAUUCGAGAUUUUGAAGCAGAUGUUGUCAGAAGAAAGAGUCGUGCCGCACCUCCCAUUGGCCAAAAUUUGGGAAUGGCUGGUGGGCGUGGCCUGUCGCCAGACUGGUCAUCAGCGAUUAAAGGCCAUCCACCUACUUCUGAGGAUCGUGCGAUGCUGUGCCCGCAAUGACCUCUGUGACCUUGCGCUGUUAAAGCCCCUGUGGCAGCUCUUCAUCCACAUGGAGUACAGCCUGUUUGAGGAUGUGACACAACCUGGCAUCCUCCUGCCACUGCACCGUGCCCUCACCGAGCUCUUCUUCGUCACCGAGAACCGUGCCCAGGAGCUUGGUUUGCUGCAGGAUUACCUGCUGGCCUUAACCACUGAUGACCACCUGCUCCGCUGUGCGGCCCAGGCUCUGCAGAACAUUGCUGCUAUCAGCCUGGCCAUCAACUACCCAAACAAGGCAACCCACCUCUGGAAUGUCGAGUGUUAGCCCUUGGUAUGGCGUGCAUGGAACCGGCUAAUCUGUCCACAGGAAUUUUAGAGCAGAUAUCUAAACUCAUUCAGGAAGAUUCCUGUGACAUCAGCACCCGGCUCUCCCUGAGCUCCCACUUCCACUCCGAUUAGAAUGCCAAGCAGCCGUGUCUCCAGAACUUCCCCGUGUCACGAGCUGGCCGCCCGCAUGUACGGUAGCAUGUGAGAAUGGACAGAGCAGUGUAGUUACUCAGAGGGCAGGCGGCAGGUCCUUGACAAGCUUGUGCAGAGGCAGCCUUCUCCAGGGUCUGCCCCCGUGGAAACCACAGCCCCGGGAGGACCUGGAAGCAGUCCCUGCGGAAAGCGUUCUGUCCCAGUUGAGCUGGAACUGCCUGCCCUUGCCUUUCAGGUGAAGACAGUCCCCCCAGUGCCUCUUUUUUCAGCCAGGACCCCAGUGGCAGCAACAGCCUGGGAGCUCUUCUUUUGCUUUUGUUUCUUGAGACCAGGUGAUCCAGACCAAACCAGUGUGGGCCUCUCCUGGCUACCACCUGGUCCCCAGGCAGUCAGCAAGGACUGGGUGCCAUGCUAGCUUCCCUGUGCAGCCGCGGUUGUCCCCAAGGAACCCCUGGUGAGAACACGUGCCCUUGGGAACAGCCAGCAGGCCGCCCAGGGCGUUCGCUUGUGUACCGGCUCCCGGCACAUCUGCGUUUAUUCAGUUGUAACACAUUUCAGUUUCCACCUCGCCCUUUAGAACAGAACCACACUGACUUCCUUGAGAAGGCCUCAAAGGAAUGAGCAGAGGUAAGGUCAUCUGGGGACCAGCUGGUGUGUGUGAAAGGAGAACUUGAGGAAUGCUCUAGCUUCUGGUCCGAAAGGCUUCAAGUGUUAGCAGAAGAGAUCUUAUUUUAGAAGUAAGAAAACACACACACAC